AUGGAACCAGGUACACAGAUUAGAGAGAUUGCCAGUGGCACACUUGGUGUCAUUGAGCGUGGAAACAAUGCCAAUGGAUACUACUGUAACUUUGGCACAAGAAAGAACUGGAAGAGACCAAAUGAGAUCGCCAUUGCUGUGGCUGGCGAGUCCUAUGCUCCACCAGCUCAAUCCACUGCCAAGGGAGCUGCAAUGAGCAAGUAUGCCACUUUGCCAAAGAACUUCUGCGAGCCGACUAGACCAUCUGCUCAAAGCAUAAACAAGAUAUUCCCACAGCAACAGCAACAACAGCAAUCACAGACAUUUUCAACAUCGCAGAGAACUACUACAACUGCACCUGUACAACAGCAACAACAACAAUAUCAACCACAACAACAACAACAAACUGCACCAAUCUCUGGAACACAAUCCAGAACAUUCGCACCAGUUUCAGUGUUGCCAAAUGCCAACGGCUUUGCCUCGCGCUCUGGCACCAACUCCUCGGUGCGCCCAGCCGCAGUGCAGCUGCAGCAGUCACCCGUGCCAGUGCAGGCACCACCCACUGUCGUGCCACUGCCACCAAUGGGCAUCGCUCAAGUCUUCUCGCAGAAGGACAUGUGGCACAUUGGUUUCAACGAGUUGGUUCUCGAGGAUGUCAUCGGUACUGGCAAGUACGGUGAGGUGUCCCUUGGAACCUACCUCGGCUGUCCCGUUGCCAUCAAGAGAAUCCUCGAGUGUAAUGAUGAGACCAACGUCAUGAUCGAGAGAGAGUUGCAAAUCCUUAAGGAGGUGAGACAUCCAAACAUUGUUCAGUUCCUUGGUGCCACAAAGCAUAAUGAUGAGAUCUACAUUAUCACAGAGUACAUGAAGAAGGGAGACUUGUUCGAUGCUCUCAUAUUCGGAGACACUCCACUCACAUGGAGAAUCAAGUUGGGUAUUGCAUUGGAUAUUGCACAAGCCUGUAACUAUUUACAAGCCAGAGGUAUAUUACACAGGGAUUUGAAGAGUCAGAACAUCUUGUUGUCAGACAACAACCGCGCCAAGCUCUGUGACUUGGGUCUGGCAAGAGUGUUUGAGGAUCAGGUCAACAAGAGACUGACAUUCGUAGGCAGUGACCGUUGGAUGGCACCCGAGAUAUUUAUGGGCGUCGACUACGACUACAAGGUGGACGUGUUCUCCUACGGCAUUGUGCUUGUGGAGCUCAUCACCAACCAGGUGCCCGACGAGCGCAGACCCCAGAAGAUGUUUGCCUUUGAGACUCAGGCCUUCCUGAGCAAGGUGCCACCCGACUGUCCCCCAGCAUUCGCCAAGCUGACCGUCGCCUGUACUUCUACCGACCCCAGGUCCCGUCCAACCUUCAGCAAGAUCCACGACAUUGUCAAGGCCAUCUACGAGUCGUUGCCAGAGGAUGACGAGUAA